GAACCCUAACUGUGGCCAAACACACUGGAAAGUCAGUAGCAAUCAGUCAUGGAAUCGUUCGUUCAGCUAUGUGGCAGUUAAAGAAUCAUUUAUCCACCUAUUAAUAAGAGCCCGACAAUAGCGGCCUACUGGUUUCAUCUCGCACAGGUCACUGGCACACAAAGCACUGAAUGUGUCUGGCUCUGUUGCUUUGCUGGAUAUUGGCAGUCAGACAGCUGGAUCGGUCAGAGCCAGAGCUAUAGAAGAUUGGGGCCCCUGGCAACACAGGAGCAGCCGGAGAUCACAUGAUGCAAACAGUGGGGCCACACACAGACAGAUCAGAGAAUUAAAGAGGCAAAGCGCAUGGAGUGACAAAGGGAAGGAGUGAAUGAAUUAGUCCCAGGGUGUAGCAGCAGCAUAUUCAUAGGCAAACACAAGGUCCAUUUAUUCAGCUAGCCCAGGGCGGCUAAAGAAUGAGCCUGAAAGGAGUAUCACUGCCCAGCACCCCAAUUGUCUCACUGCACAAUUUUAGUUCUGCUAAAAGAAGAUGCCCAAUUACGCCUUUUUGCCUUCCCGCGGUGUCCACUGCAGAAGCACCACCUACUGCCAGUAUGCGUUGUGUUCCUGCUCAGUUCCUCCCUCGGCUGAACCCCUUGCACCCCCCUGGCAUUAAAAGGAGAACCGUAAGUUUGGAAACGGUGGCGGCACAUCACCACAACCAACAGCGAUCUUUAACAAUGCAACAAAGGGAGUACAACAGAUAUCACCAGGGCUGGAGGCGGCCAUUUUAUGGCACACCAACAGAAAAGGAAGAUUACAGGAAUGAUAUCCGACAGCUGCUAAAAAAGCAGAUGAGUGAGAAAUGGGCCCUACAGCGGGAGGUGCUGAGCAGCCAGAGCAGAGAGCUGGAGGUCCUGAUGGAGGUGGACCGCACAGCCCUAAUGCAAGACGUUGAGCAGCAGAGGACACACGCCGUGUUCCUGACAAAGUACCGAGAUGAGAACAAGAGGUUAAUGGAGACAAAGUGGCAUGAAAACCGCCUGACCCGAUCUCUGGAGACCCUGAAAGAACGUGAGCUGCUACAGUUUAACCCCAUUAACUGGAGCGGGACAUUAAAAUGAUGCAAAGAAUUACAGAGCCAGAUGUGGCCGACAAUCGGGAACAGGAGGCAGCCAUGUUAUCAUUAGUUGCUAGGUAGGAUACUGAGACAAUAAACAGUGUUUCCAUUCAGCAGCCAUCUUUGUUUUGGAUUAAAAUCCAAUAGAACUGCAAGAAGCAUUUAAAAGGCCAGAACCACAAGCAGACUAACAAAAAAAUGCCUAAUGUGUUUUGGACCAGAUCCAAAACGUAUCAGAUGGCUUUCUUAGACUGCUUGUGGUCCUGGACUUUUUCUUGAAUUUUUUUUUUUUUUUUUUUUUUUAAACCCCACUCCCCCCCCCCCCCCAAAAAAAAAUCAGAAUUUUGGUUCAAGUUUUAACAUUUAAAUCUGUUUAUUCUCCUGAGACCAAUAAAUAAAGACAAUUUACAGUUCUGGUUACAGCAUGAGUAAUCAGAUUUUUGUUUUUUUACAAAGGGCAAUAUAUUUUCCCAGCAUGCACAGAGCUAGAAAUUCCACCCCCCACCCUCCUGCUGAGUGCAAUAUUCAGGGAGUAAACGUGUUACAGGGCAAGUUUAAAAAAAA